UUCUGUGUUAGUUAAUUAGUCGAUUUCCAUCACUUAGAUAAAUAUGAAGGCUGUAACAAGCACUUUUCUAAGUUUAUUAAGUCUUCUCUUAUUGAUGCAAGUGAAUGCUGACAUUAAAAGAGAUUGUCGUAAACAAACUGGCGUAUCUUGGGCUUCAUUGAAAAAAUUAAAAGCAGCGGAUUAUAGUCAGAAUGACCCGAAAUUAAAGUGCUACUUAAAAUGUUUCAUGCAAAAAAAUGGAAUCUUUGGAGAAGACGAUAUAGAUAUUGAAAAAGCACUGAGACAUUUACCCACGGGUAUUAAAGGGCCUUCAAAAACGACAUUAGAAUAUUGCAAAAAAAUACCUAGUGUAGAUGCAUGUGAUAAAGCAUUUCAACUCGCUAAAUGUUACUUCAAAGCCCAACCAGAGGUGCUCAAGAGCGUGUCAUUUGUAUAA